AUGUACCAAAAAGAUCUACUUUUGAAAAAACUUCGAACAAUGCUACACUUUUCGAACGUGUUCCCCAUAAAGAAGGCUUUUGCAUUUAUAACUUUUAUAGAACGCAAAAGAUUAGCGCGCAAUUAUUUUCAUACAUUCAAAAAUCCGCUCUUUGAUCGUCGUCGGAAAUUGACUCAAAAGCCGUAUGCCCCAAUAACUCACGAAAAAGACACAAUAACACCCUCUCUGAGUGCUCUUGGUGCCAGACUACGUCUUUCCUUCUCUAAUCCCGAAUUACUCUUACAGGUUGUUACUGAUGAAUCAUAUCAAAACACUGACUAUGAGUCUAAUAAAACCUUAUCAAUUCUGGGAGAGCAUGUAUGUCGUCUAUUUGUUACCGAAUAUUUUCAUAUAAAAUACCCGCUUAUGCCUUUACCUGCUUUGGAAGAGGUAAUAAAACUUUACACCGGUCAACAAACAUUAUUGAGCUUUGGAAAGGAAGUUGGAUUAUCUCUUGUGAUAAGGUGGGAAAAGAUUACAGAUUUGAAGAAAGCUCAGCAAUCAAAUGCUGCCUUACCGCUGAGCACUACACCAGGUAUCGCAUUAAUGCGGUCGAUUCACGCAAUUGUUGGUGCGCUUUAUCAAGAUAAGGGCCCAUUAGCUGCGAGAAACUUUGUUCAUUCAUAUUUACUAUCAAGAGAGGUGAAAAUAGAUUUAGUCUAUGAAAAAUCUUGUGCUAAACUUCCCAAAAGAGAAUUGUCUUUGUUAAUGCAACGGCAAGGUAAAAUCCCACCGAUUUCAAGAAUGUUGAAGGAAACAGGUCGUAAUACGAAUAGUCCCAUAUUUAUUGUCGGUGUAUUUUCGGGCACAGAGAAAAUUGGGGAAGGAUACGGUAGCAAUAUAAAGAUGGCAGAAUUUAGAGCUGCAAGAGAUGCUUUGAAAAGCUAUUACUUGACCGAAAUAAAAGAUUUUAUUCUACCAUCCGAUGUUGUUAAUGAGGAUGUAGAAUACGGACCAACCGAAAUUGGUGAUACACCCGUCAUUGUCUGA